CUCUUUUGAUCUUAUAUGUAGAAACGAAAGAAAAAUAAAAUACACAAGUAUUUCGUCAUCGAUCGGUGGUUAGUGGUUACAAAGUUUGUCCUUUCCAUCUAUUUUCCUUCAAAAAUUCGAUUAUCAAGUAUAUGGAUAAUCUACCUGCGGAUCUCUGUAUGAAAAUCUUCUGUUUAUUGGAUCAUAAGGACCUCGUAACAGCCCAGCAAGUGUGCAGGAAGUGGAAGGUGUUUAGUUUGGAAAAUGAUCUUUGGUGUAACCUAUUUAAAGAAAGAUGGGGAAUAGAGCGAGCCAUAUUUUAUGCACCCACUGAUGAUGCAAAGUCAUGGAAAGAUGUAUAUGCAGUUCAAGAUCGGUGUGAUCGUGUUGGAUUGGGGCUGAAGAUCAUAAGGGAAGGAGAUGACUAUUUCUUGAUCCACCAAGGAGAAAUUCAAAGACAUUUGGGUUCAAGACAUCUGCAAGAUGAUGCUUCUGCUUCAACAAGCUCAGAUGCAACCAGGUAUACAGAAGAUGAGUUUAUGGGUAGACGUGAUCGCCAGAUGGGGAUUCUUGACAGAAUCCUGUUCUUCAUUGGAGACCUGGAAACUGCUUCAGCACCUGCAAAACGUGGUCGUUUCUUGUAAAUGUUUCUCAUCAUUUAUCAUUUGUUAAUCACCAUCACCAUGUAAUGUAUAUUUCUCUUGUCUUGUAGCAUGAUGCUAAUAAAGUCGCAAAACUUGUAUGUGUUUUGUUUUGAUCAGACCCCUCAGUUUUCAUCUUUAAUCAAUUGUAUGUAACAUUAUAAAAUUCAGUAUAUGAAUAUGCUUGGCAAUUGUUGUUAAAAA